GUCACGUUCCCUUGUCGCUUCAGGCAGGGAACCCCGCCCACGCGGUAUACGCCGUAUACAAUUACAAACAAACAAUCUUACGUUGCAAAAACGUCGGCGCAUGACGAUGACGAGGUGGUUGUCAAACGGCUUCUCCUUACACGAGCCGGAGAAGACCGUAAACUACAAAAGAUCUGUCACCAUCCCACAUCUGAGCCUGUCUGCUCUGCCACAGUGCACCGUCUCAUAUCAGCUUGUCAGGAAACCUGCCAGCCGUGGAUGCCUGUCAUGGUGGCUUUGAAUCACCUGCUGCGACCACUGCUGUGUCAGUCCCUGCUGCGACAGGUCAGAUCCCCCCUCGUGGCCACAUCCAGGGUCAGUGCACCACCUCUGUGGCCCAACACCACCUGCUACCCCAGUGCAUGCAUCAGGCUCUAUGCCACCAAGAAGUCAAAAGCCAAGGCAAAGGGCCAGUCAGCUAAGGUGAAUAUUAAUUCGGCUCUGGUGGAAGACAUCAUCAGUCUGGAUGAAGUGAAAGGGGAGAUGACAGCUGUUCUCAAUGCACUCAAAGAUGACUUCACACGCAACCUAAGCAUCCGAACUUCGCCAGGAGCUCUGGAUCACAUUGUGGUAACAACUCAAGAUGGGAAGUUUCCCCUCAACCAGCUGGGUCAGAUCUCCAUGAAAUCACCUCAGUUCAUUAUGGUCAACAUGAGCAGCUUCCCAGAGGCUAUAAAGGCUGCCAUCCAUGCCCUGAAAGAAAGUAGCAUGAACCUUAACCCAGAGGUGGAUGGGACGAUCAUCAAGGUGCCCGUUCCCAAAGUAACGCGGGAACACAGAGAGACCCUGGUGAAGCUGGCCAAACAGCUCAGCAACAAGGCAAAAGACUCACUGAGGAGAGUACGAUCUAAUGCCGUUACACAGGUCAAAAAGGCAAAGGAAGUACACUCGGAGGAUACCAUACGACUAGUAGAAAAACAGAUUCAGCAGUUGUCGGACAACAUUGCAGUGGACAUUGACAAACAGCUUGCAGCCAAGACCAAGGAGCUGUUAGGCUGACUGUGACAAUGAUAAGAAACGAACCCACAGAUGGACACACAUAACAGAAGCAACGUGUCAUUCUUGUCGUGUUAAUAAUAGACAGUUUUUUGAUGAGGUCUGAAAGCUUUAAACAGAAGAACAUCUUUCGGGACUGUUGUACAGUGUUUUGGUACGCCUGGCAGAAACUGGGCCCACAUCGCUGGCAAAGAUCUGCCCCUCGCUGCUGGGUGAUAUCUGUGUUUAACCGUCGGUGCAUAAACAGAAAUUGGCACGGAAACAACAACAACGACAGACUGCCAGUCACCUCCCUCCUCCCUUGUUACUCUUCCUGUCUUCAAACAAACACCAAGCGAGGGACGAAUGGACUUUUAAUGGGAUUUGCGGGCCUCCUCCUAAUCAAACCCCUUGCCACAAGGGCCGUCUGUUUAUAUAAAACAAGCGCACCCGUCUGAAUGUAAACUGGCUGCGGGUUUGUCUUGGUGGCAAGAGCGAGAGAGAGAAAGGGAGAGAGAGUUUGUUCCAGAGACGCAGGAUAUCAUUAGCGUGUUGCCAAACAUUUGUUUCGCAUUGAUUCAAAGUCUGUUAAAAAUGCACUUGAGAAAAAAAAAAAAGGGCCUUUAAUUUCUACCCAUGUCUAGGAUUGAUAAUAUGGCUGCUCUCUCGACAAUAAAGCCGGGAAAGGAACAUUAUUGAUGGACUCCAUUAAAGAAACACUGCUUUGUA